UGAAGCCCCACCUUCCACGUCUCUGGCCCCUGAGGUAGCUGCCUUCCUAUGCCGCUGGCUCUUAAGUCCAUGGUCACAGCCCCAGCCCCAGUGGGCUCCCUUCAACACUGCUGUUGCCAGCUGUCUAAGAUGGAUGACACCUGGGCCCAACUGCCCUGCCCCAGGCCACCCCACGCAGCCAUGCUGCUGGUCUCCCUCCUCUUGGCAGCUGGGUUGAUGCACUCGGAUGCUGGCACCAGCUGUCCAGUCCUUUGUACGUGCCAUAACCAGGUGGUGGACUGCAGCAGCCAGCGGCUCUUCUCCGUGCCCCCAGACCUGCCGAUGGACACCCGCAACCUCAGCCUGGCCCACAACCGCAUCACCACUGUGCCACCCGGCUAUCUCACAUGCUACAUGGAGCUCUGGGUGCUGGAUUUACGAAACAACUCCUUGGUGGAGCUGCCCCCGGGCCUCUUCCUGCAUGCCAAGCACUUGGCACACCUGGAUCUGAGCUACAACAACCUCAGCCAUGUGCCCGCUGACAUGUUCCAGAAGGCCCAUGGGCUGGUGCACAUUGACCUGAGCCACAACCCGUGGCUGCGCAGGGUGCACCCUCAGGCUUUCCAGGGCCUGGUGCAGCUCAGAGACCUGGACCUCAGCUACGGAGGCCUGGCCUUCCUCAGCCUGGAGGCCCUUGAGGGCUUGCCUGGGCUGGUGACCCUGCAGAUUGGUGGCAACCCCUGGGUGUGCGGCUGCACCAUGGAGCCCCUGCUGAAGUGGUUGCGGAAUCGGAUCCAGCGCUGUACAGCAGAUUCUCAGCUGGCCGAGUGCCGGGGCCCCCCUGAAGUGGAGGGUGCCCCACUCUUCUCCCUCACCGAGGAGAGCUUCAAGGCCUGCCACCUGACGCUGACCCUGGACGAUUACCUCUUCAUCGCCUUUGUGGGCUUCGUGGUCUCCAUUGCAUCCGUGGCCACCAACUUUCUUCUCGGCAUCACAGCCAACUGCUGCCACCGCUGGAGCAAAGCCAGCGAAGAGGAAGAGAUUUGA